GAGAGGGGAGAGAAAGAAAAAUUAGUAUUCUCCUACCAACCUCGCUAUAAAUCAAUCAUGGAGUCCUACGUGGUGAGCUGUAAAUAUGCUGAGCCGCAGUUCCCGCCUUGUGAAGAAGAUUACAGUAAUUUUAGUGACCAAGGGGGGUAUUACAACAACCCCCAGGACAGUAGUGGUAGUUAUGGAGGAGGUUAUCAGUCCAUGCAGCCCCCUCCGCCUCCGUACACACCACAACAAACCGGCUACCAACACUCGUUGCAGGGGCACCAGCGGGAGGAUGGAGAGGACCACUCGCAGCGCCAAGGUGCGCCCUUCCCCGGCUUCAGGGGGACAGACGCGGCGCCCGGCAAGGAGAGGUUCCCCGCGGGUGACCUGCAGUGCCAGGCCUGGAUGACCUACGCGAAGCCCGCUCAGGUGCAGAGGAAAACGGCCUGCCAGGGGAGAGACAAGGCGCCCAUUGUUGUCUACCCGUGGAUGAAGAAGGUGCACGUCGCACAGAUCAAUCCGAACCACGUGGGUCCGGAGCCGAAGCGGCUGCGGACGGCCUACACGCGCCAGCAGGUCCUGGAGCUCGAGAAGGAGUUCCACUUCAGCCGCUACCUCACGCGCCGCCGCCGCGUCGAGGUGGCCCACGCGCUCUGCCUGACCGAGCGGCAGGUGAAGGUGUGGUUCCAGAACCGGCGCAUGCGCUGGAAGAAGGACAACAAGCUGCCCAACACCAAAGGACGGAGCAAAAACAAGAAGGCGACGGACAACAACAACAACAACAACAACAACAACAACAACAACAACAGCAGCAGCAGCAGCAGCAGCAGCAGUGACGACAGCAGCGUGAAGGCGGUGAUAACCGUGUGACGCCGCCGUGUUGAGCGCCUUCACUCUCCACAACUGACUGAAACUAUUCUUACUCGCUUUAAAUCUCCAGGCCAUCCAUCCGUCCGCCUCAGUAUCGCUUUAUGAACCCCUUUGCGUUUUAUUUCUGCUUUUACUUUGAAGGUUUUUUUUUUUUUUUUAAAUCUUUUUCUUUCUGUUGUGUAGCGUCCGAUAUAUUUAAUGAAUGAAUGAAUGUCUUAAUUUCGGUGAACUUCGAGGUUGCAGAUGGUCUUGACAGGAACCGUUUCACACGUCGAGGCGGCUGUUGGAGCGUUAUAGUGCCUGUCGGUUGCAGUCUUGCCAAAACUCUCCCAGGAGAGGUUUGUGUCUUUUGGAGAAAACAGGGUUUUUUAAUUUUUAUUUCUACAGGGUAAACAUAAUACAGGGUCUUAUAUUAAAAUAAAGAAGCUACCUAAGCGUAAAUUAUGAAUAUGCACAUUACCAAAAUGUUGUUUCCACAAAACUGGCGCUUAAAGAGGCGAAACAAGAAGAACAGAGAGCUGCAGGAAGGUGGGAUCGAUAAUGUCUGAGCAUUUAUUUUGUACAUAGAGGAGCAUCCCAAAAACAUAUUCAGUAGGAUGAGCAGCCAUAUCAUGCAGGUUUGUUUUGUUUUAUUUCAAUAUCCAAAGGGUGAAUGAACUUAUUUUUUGGGGGGGAAGUCACACAUUUCAACGCACAUACAGGAGGAAAUAAAUAAAAUAAAAUAAAAUCUGCCUCCACUAAAAUGGAGGCAGGUUGUUUUGGUGCACGACUGUAAAUCCAACAUAUUUUCUCAGGGUUACAGGGUUUUUAACGAACUUUCUGAAGAAAACAAAACAAAAAACAACAACAAAAAAACCUUUUUGUUAUCUGAUUCAGCACUGAGAGCUUUGAAAAAAAAAAACUCUCUGAAGCAACAUAACAGCUUUUGCAUUUUUAAAGGAAUGUGUUCUCUCUUCCAGUUCAAUAUGCUAUUGUGUUCUCUUUAUUAUUGUCAUUAUUAUUAUAAUAGCCUUCGCCAGUACUUAUUAUAUUUGUAUUAUUUAGAAGCAUAUUUUUAUUCUUUGUAGCAGCAUCUUUGUUCUCCUUUUGUAUGUGUGAGAGAAAAACAACUCUCAGUGUAAAAUUUUUAUAUGUGGAAAUGUUUUGAUAAAAUACUUAGAUGAUACAAAUUACAG